UUUUGGAGAUUGGCCGGUGCCCCGGUGGUUUUAUCGUCGGCCGUUCGGAGGGCGAUGUCACGUUUAUCGUGUUGUUGGUUUUACGCGAAGGGGUCUAAGUCCAAGGGAGCAUAGCCACGAGCGGCGGCCGCCUCGCCCAUAAAAUGCACAGAUUGUCAAGGUGCGGAGGCCGGCUGCUCCUCGGCCUCCUCCACUUCGGGUUCGCCCUCUUCCUCGCCUUAGGACGUCUCAUUCGGCCGUUGUUACGCCGGCCCGGCCUCCUCCACCUCCAGGAAGCCGCCUUCGGCAAAGUACCUUCGCAUCUCGCCCUCAUUUUGGGCCCCGAAGAGGCCUCCUACGAUGACAUGGUCAAGCUCAUCGCUUGGUCUUUUCCCGUCGGCAUCAAACACCUCAGCCUCUACGACCCGAAAAACGGAAUUGAGGCAGAAAAACUCUUCGAGAACGUGAGAAAGAGUGGAAGGCAAUACAUUCCAAAAAUAAAAUGGGGGAAUUCCUUUAGUGAAGAGAUAAAAAAUCAAUCUAAGAAGUCCAUCAAUGGAUACAGGUGGAAUCCAACUCUAACUGUUCAUAUCUACAAAAGAGAAGAUGGAUUGCCUAGGAUUGUUGAGACUGCAAAAGAAUUGUUCUCUGCAGGAUGCAUGUCCGUCGACAGAGAAAUCCUCGGAAUGAAACUACAAGGCUCACUUGCAGCCCCUGACCCCGAUUUGGCAGUUAUAUGCGGUGACACGUUGUGUUAUUAUGCCUUUCCUCCUUGGCAUCUCAGGAUAACGCAAAUGCUGACCCUUGAAACACAUCACAACUUCACAGCCAAUCAGUUUGUACAGCUUUUGAAAGAUUACUGCAAGUGUGAGCAGAGGUAUGGGAAAUGAUUUUUGUUUUUAACUGGAAUUAUCUAUAAAUAUGUAUAAUAAUAGAUAUUUAUUUAUGUAAAUGGGAAGGUGAAUAAAUUGUUAAAUCA